AUGCCGCGCCUCCCGCACCACCACCCCGUCGCGGCGCUGCUGCUCGUCGGCGCCGCCUUCACGGCCGCCGUGCCCUGCACGCCCCGCGACCCGUUCAAGCCAAUCGACCCGCAGAACUGGGUGAACCCGGACAACAUGACCUGGGCCGACUACAAGCCAAUCCCCGGCACCAACUGGUCCGACCCGACCCGUAGGGGUUCCAGCAGGAACUUCAACAUCGCGCUCGUGACCAUCGACUACACCGACAGGCCAUUCAUUGUCACCCAGGCGACGCAGUCCACCAUCUUUGGAAACCCGCAGCCCGAGGUUUCCGGCCUGAAGAGGGAGGAUGUGCCCCAGUACUACAAGGAACUGCUCAACGUCCCGACUGAGCUGAACCGCGGCCACACCCUGCACGAGUACUGGAUGGAAGAUUCGGCUGGCAGGUUUGGAGUCGACCUGACGUCGUUUGGGCCGUAUCAGAUGCCCAGGCUUGCAUACCAAUACGGUGUAUCGAACGACUUCAACCAGGGUGCCUGCCCGCCAGACCAGAGCUGCAACUUAAACAUCCGCACCGAUGCGCUCGCAGCAUGGCGGGCCGAAAUCGGCCGUGAGGAGGCGGACAAGUACGAGCUUGUCUUUAUCCUUUCCGCAGGCCAGGACGAGUCUGCCACGUGGCAAGAGUUUGGAGAGAUGCGUUUCCAGUCUCGCGAAGACGUUCCCGAGGAGUUCGGCCCUCCUUCCAACAGUUCGCUGCCCAACUGGGGCCGCACUCGAUACGUUGAGUGGACGAGCUGGGCGUCUGCCGCAACACUUUGGCCCAACGCCGGCAGCGGCAGCAGCACCCAAGGUGAAAGCAGUGGCAUGGCUGUUUACGCCCAUGAGCUGAGCCAUCUGCUCAAUAUUGGUGAUAACUACAACAACCCAUAUGGAGUCCCGCUCCAGAGGAGUUACACAGGCCCUUGGUCCAUGAUGUCCAGAGGAAGCUUCAAUGGCCCUGGUGGACCUCACACGCGAUGGCAAGUUCCGGCACUGAAGGGUGGGAGCCAGGGAUCCCUACACACAAUCCGUGAUAAGGUGGUACUGGGACUGGCCUCAAACCAAAGCGUGGUACAACUAUCACGGGACGGUCUUGCUGAUUCAGGCAUCGUCGUGGCGACUUUUACGGCCCGUUCUGUGGCCCCCGGACCUGGAGGCCUGUUGGGCUUGAACAUUACACUCGGAGCUCGAGGUGACCUUUCGCCCCCUUGCAAUGUCUCCACAGACGUGUUCUGCGACGGCCGCGGCUUCCACACCUACAAUGUGGAGGUUGUAGACCGCAUGGGAAGCGACUCCUUUACGCCCGACUCUGGUGUCAUGAUAUCCAAGACGAAGAACGUCGGCCCGAAUGGACAGUGGCCAUCCCAGCCGUUCCAAUGGAUGAUCGACGCCAACCCCCAAGACAUCGAGAUGUUUGACUUCAUCCGGCCCAACGGUAGCGUUGCCAUGAUCACCCUCGGUGACUACCGCCAGCUAUCCGACGCCCUCUUCCACGCCGGCACGCGCUCCGGCAGUGAAUACGAGUUCCGUGACGAGGCCAACCGGCUACACUUCUACAUCCUCGACAGGCACCGCGACGCCGAUGGCAUUUUGUCGUACACCGCAGCUGUGAGGUCCCUCGAUGGCUCCGGUGGACCCAGCACGCACGGUGUCGCGCUCGCUGAGGGCGUGGUCGGCGCCGCUGCCCCCGGUGCUGCUACCGAGGCCGGCCUUGCGUGCUUCUUUGAGCUGGAAAACACUGGCAAGCAGGUUACUGCCGGAGGGGCGCUGCACCCGCAGCAGAACAUUCAGGAGUUCCUGAGUUCCGACGUCUACAGGCUGACUGCGGAGGUGGAAGGUUCCGGGUGGAGGGUCGAGGUACCCAACGCGUUGGCGCAUGCCAAGUUCGGCGAGAAGGUCUGGACCAGCGUCGCUGUGGGCGCCUCUGCCGAUGCUGCUGACGAGGCUGUUGUUACUCUUCGGGCGGUUUCUGAGUCGGCUGGAGAUGUUGCUGCUACCGCCAAGUGCCGGGUGACAAAGGCUUAG